ACAAGGGGUUGUCUACCUGCCACAUUUAAAAAUUUGUAAUUAUAUCUCUCUCUCUCUCUGCCACAUUUAAAAAUUUGUAAAUUCUCUCUCUCUCUCUCUCUCUCUCUCUCUCUCUCUCUCUCUCUCUCCUGUCCUUCACCAUUGCCGUUGAUUCAGCUGCCAGUUGAUUUUAUCUUUCCUUUGUUCUCUUGCCAUUGUUUCUCUCUCCUCUCCAGCUUUUUAGUUGAAAAGAAGGUACACAACAUGCUUCUGAAUAUAUUCAAGCACUAGUAAAACGCAUAAAACUGACAUUGAGAGAAAAAAAGAUACGCAUGCCUCCUUUCAUAUAUUCCCUAAAUUCCGUUCAAAGAGAAUCUGAAGUGGCGUGAGAUUGACAGGAGACACGCCCAAAUUUUAGUCGGGUGGGUAGGUGUUAGAAGAUAGAGAGUUGUAAUAGAAGUGGUGGGUAUAGGAUUGAAUUUUUUACCUUUUUUGGUGGGGAUAGAAAAUUUGAAUGGCCGGCGGCGGGGAAGGCGAAUCGACGACCACUUUGGAGUUCACUCCCACGUGGGUUGUUGCCUGUGUCUGCACUCUCAUUGUCGGCAUUUCCCUCGCCGUCGAACGCGCGAUUCACUACACCGGCAAGUAUCUGAAGAAGAAGAGCCAAAAAUCCCUCUUCGAAGCUCUCCAGAAAGUUAAAGAAGAGUUGAUGCUUUUAGGGUUCAUAUCGCUACUUCUGACUGUAUUCCAAAACCCUAUAACCAAGAUAUGUGUAAACGAGGGGGUAAUCCUUCACCUCCUUCCUUGUAAGUUGUCAUCAUCAGAAUCAGAAAGCAAAGGGGAACCUUUUUCUAACAGUACCGAAAUAACUUCCCAUAUUGGACGUUUGCUCGCGGAAGGAUCGCAAGUGACUGGUUACUGUGCUGCUAAGAAUAAGGUCCAAUUGGUGUCUGUUGAAGCAUUGCAUCAUUUACAUAUAUUUAUCUUCGUGCUAGCCAUUGUCCAUGUCACCUUCAAUGCUCUCACAGUUGUAUUUGGAGGCGCAAAGAUCCGUGAAUGGAAACAUUGGGAAGACUCCAUUGCAAAAGAAAAUUAUGAAACAGAAAAAGUUUUGGGACCAAAGAUCACUCAUGUCCAUCAACAUGACUUCAUCAAGGGUCGCUUUUGGGGUAUUGGCAAAAAUUCAGCUUUUUUGGGCUGGCUGCAUUCCUUUUUCAAGCAAUUUUAUGGAUCCGUCACCAAAUCAGAUUACGUGGCACUGAGACUUGGUUUCAUCAGGACACAUUGCAGGGGAAACCCGAAGUUCAAUUUUCACAAGUAUAUGAUCCGUGCCCUGGAAGAUGAUUUUAAGAAAGUUGUUGGUGUCAGUUGGUAUCUAUGGAUAUUUGUUGUCAUCUUUUUGUUGCUGAACAUCAAUGGAUGGCAUACAUAUUUUUGGAUAGCUUUCAUCCCUUUCAUUCUUCUGCUUGCUGUGGGCACUAAGCUGGAGCAUGUAAUCAGCCAGUUGGCUCAUGAGGUUGCAGAGAAACAUGUCGCCAUAGAAGGGGACUUAGUUGUUACACCUUCAGAUAAUCACUUUUGGUUCCAUCGGCCCCGCAUUGUCCUUUACUUGAUUCACUUCAUACUAUUCCAAAAUGCUUUUGAAAUAGCAUUUUUCUUCUGGAUAUGGGUUCAAUAUGGUUUUGACUCCUGCAUCAUGGGACAGGUCCAUUUUAUUGUCCCCAGGCUCGUUAUAGGGGUAAUAAUUCAGGUUCUCUGCAGUUACAGCACCCUACCACUCUAUGCCGUUGUGACACAGAUGGGAAGUACUUUCAAGAAGUCAAUAUUUGAAGAGCAUGUGCAAGUGGGUCUGGUUGAUUGGGCUCAGAAAGUGAAGAAGAAGACCCAGAUGAAGGCAGCAAAUAAUGGCUCCCGUGAUGGAAAUUCAAGUUCAACUGAUGGCUCUACAGUAAGGAUUCAGCUGGGAAGAGUUACCGGCAAGGAAUCUGCACAGGGAGGAGAUUCGGUCCACAACUAGAACUUGGGUAGAGAAUUGAGCUCUCACCAUGUUCAACUGAACAAAUGUUUCAAACUUUGUUGAAUCUUAAGUGAUACUAAGUGUCUAAGUGAUACGUUGGUGUAUCUAUUGCAUGAGCUUAUCAGAAAAAACCUUAUAUA